UAUUAUUAUACUCAAUUAUAUCAUGUCACUGAAUGCAGUAGUUAAACAGGCGGCAACAAACACAGCAAAAACAACAGGAUCGAAACUUCGACUACGCAAAGCACCUUUAGUACUAACACCAGCUGCAGUGAAACGUUUGAAACAUAUGACAAAAGGUGACGAACCUCAAUUUCUUCGUGUAGGUGUCAAAACAAAAGGAUGUUCAGGCAACUCCUAUAUGCUCGAAUUCACAAAGAAAAAAGACAAGUUCGAUGAAGUGGUUGACCAAGAUGGUGUUACGGUACUAGUGGAUUCUAAGGCUUUGCUUACUGUAUUAGGGUCAGAGAUGGAUUAUGUUGAAGAUAAACUCUCUUCUCAAUUUGUAUUCCAUAAUCCCAAUGUCAAAGGAACUUGUGGUUGUGGUGAAUCCUUUACUGUAUGAAACUAGGUGUGAUUUUUUUUUAUUAUUCUUUUCAAAUAGUUUGUACUUUAUUGUUGGUUAGAUCUCCCAUUGCCAUCUUGGAUAGUUUUAGGAUAUUAUAUCAAAAACUAUUUUUUAUUUUCAUUAGAACUACCUUUUUUUUUUUUGUAAAUACCAAAUAUAUGUUCUUGUCUUCUUACUAUCAA